AUGGAGAGCCUGCUGGAGAAUCCGGUGCGUGCCGUGCUCUACCUCAAGGAGCUCACGGCUAUCGUGCAGAACCAGCAGAGCCUCAUCCACACCCAGCGCCAGCGUAUCGACGAGCUGGAGCGGCGGCUGGACGAGCUAAGCGCCGAAAACCGCAGCCUGUGGGAGCACCAGCAGCUGCUGCAAGCCCAGCCUCCGCCCGGGCUCGUCCCCCCGUCGCCAGCCCCGCUGCCGGCUAUCCCGGCCGCCGCCGCCGCCGCCGCCGCCGUGGCCCAGGAACCGCUCCAGAACCACGGACAGCUCCUGUCCUCCGCGCCACAGACCGCGCCGGAGCAGCCGCCGCUUCAGCACCACGGACAGUUCCUGGCGCAGCCCCCACCGGGCCCCAGCAGCAGGGCGCACGCACCCCCGUCACCCCACCAGCACCCCGUGGUGCCAGGGGCCGUCGCCAACAAGGAAAAGGAGCGUUCCCCGAGUUGUUGCGCUGCCGCUGGAACCCUCCUUCAGCACAAAUCCCCCGCUGCCCUCGGCAAGGGCGUCCUGAGCAGGAGAACUGAGAAUGAGACCGUGCUGCACCAGUUCUGCUGCCCCGCCGCCGAUGCCGAGCAGAAGCCCUCCUGUGCCGACCUGGCCUCCCACAGUGACGGCUCCUGCGCCCAGGCCAGUGGGGGCAUGGAGGACUCCGUGGUGGCAGCGGCGGUGGUGGCAGCCGGCAGACCCAGUGCCCAUGCCCCGAAGGCUCAAGCCCAGGAGCUGCAGGAGGAGGAGGAGCGGUCAGGGGCAAGGGGUGCCUCCCCGAGGGCUGGCCCCCACCUCACGGCCUCCCCUGGCCUGCAGCAGCCUGCCCUGGCGACAGCACUCUGCUCCCACGCCCCUGCUGCCUCAGAUUACGAACUCUCCCUUGACUUAAAGAAUAAACAGAUUGAAAUGCUAGAACACAAGUACGGGGGCCAUCUGGUAUCCCGGCGCGCCGCUUGCACCAUCCAAACCGCCUUCCGCCAGUACCAGCUCAGCAAGAACUUUGAGAAGAUCCGCAACUCCCUCCUGGAAAGCCGCCUGCCGCGUCGUAUCUCCCUGCGCAAGGUUCGUGGGCCCAAUGCUGAGAGCCUGGUGGCAGAAAAGGCGUUCAUGGAGGGCUACGGCCUCCUGGGGUUGCCGCUGGUGCGCUCGCCCUCUCUGCCACCCACCUUCGCGGGCACGCUCACUGAGCUAGAGGACUCCUUCACCGAGCAGGUACAGUCCCUGGCCAAGUCCAUCGAUGACGCCCUCAGCACCUGGAGCCUCAAAACCAUGUGCUCCCUGCAGGAGAGCGGCUCUUACCAGAUCCACCAGGCCUUGCACACGGGCACCGGGCCGCCUGGCUUGGGGGCGGAGAUACAGGAGCCGGACAGUGCCUGCCCAGGGCCCGGGGAAGAGGCUGUGGAGGCUGCCGGCCUGUCCCAGGGCCACAGCAGCACCCUGAUGAUGGCUUUCAGGGAUGUCACUGUGCAGAUCGCCAACCAGAACAUCUCCGUCUCUUCCUCUACUGCUCUAUCAGUGGCCAACUGCCUGGGCGCGCAGACUUCCCAGGCCCCGGUAGAGUCCGUGGCUGGCCAAGUCCAGCUGGACGAGGCCGGUGGGCCCGGGGCUCCAGUGGCCCCAGCCGCGGGCCAGGGAGAAGCGCCCGCUGAGGUCACGUGCGCUGAGGCAGGAGCCGACGGGGUCCUGUGCACCAACCCGCCGGGGGACAAGGAUAUGGUGUCGGAGGAGACCCGGGCAGCGCAGGCAGAGGAGGAGGAGGAGGAGGAGGAGGAGGAGGAGGAGACAGGAAAAGUGGGGAAACAGGCCGGGGCCGAGGCCGAGGCUGAGACCGAGGCAGGCGACAACUUGGAGAAGCUGAGCAGCAGCAGCACAUCCACCAAGUCCGCCAAGUCGGGCUCGGAAGUCUCGGCCUCGGCCUCCAAGGAGGCCCUGCAGGCCAUGAUCUUGAGCCUGCCGCGCUACCACUGCGAGAACCCGGCCAGCUGCAAGUCGCCCACGCUCUCCACCGACACCCUACGCAAACGCCUCUACCGCAUUGGCCUCAACCUUUUCAACAUAAACCCGGACAAAGGCAUCCAGUUUCUGAUCUCUCGCGGCUUCAUCCCUGACACCCCUAUCGGAGUGGCCCAUUUCCUGCUCCAGCGGAAAGGCCUCAGCAGGCAAAUGAUUGGAGAGUUCCUGGGCAACAGCAAGAAGCAGUUCAACCACGACGUGCUGGACUGCGUGGUGGAUGAGAUGGACUUCUCCAGCAUGGAGCUGGACGAGGCCCUGCGCAAGUUCCAGGCUCACAUCCGUGUGCAGGGGGAAGCCCAGAAAGUGGAGCGGCUCAUAGAGGCCUUCAGCCAGCGCUACUGCAUGUGCAACCCCGAGGUGGUACAACAAUUCCACAACCCUGACACCAUCUUCAUCCUGGCCUUCGCCAUCAUCCUCCUCAACACUGACAUGUACAGCCCCAAUAUUAAGCCUGACCGGAAGAUGAUGCUGGAGGACUUCAUCCGAAACCUUCGAGGUGUGGAUGAUGGCGCUGACAUCCCCCGGGAGUUGGUGGUAGGCAUCUAUGAAAGGAUACAGCAGAAGGAGCUCAAGUCCAACGAGGACCACGUCACAUAUGUCACCAAAGUGGAGAAGUCCAUCGUGGGCAUGAAGACAGUGCUGUCAGUGCCCCAUCGCCGCCUGGUCUGCUGCAGCCGGCUCUUUGAGGUGACGGAUGUGAACAAGCUGCAGAAGCAGGCUGCGCAUCAGAGGGAGGUGUUCCUCUUCAACGACUUGCUGGUGAUUCUCAAACUUUGCCCAAAGAAGAAGAGCUCCUCCACGUACACUUUCUGCAAGUCGGUCGGCCUGCUGGGCAUGCAGUUCCACCUCUUUGAGAAUGAGUAUUACUCUCAUGGCAUCACCCUGGUGACCCCAGUCUCGGGUUCUGAGAAGAGGCAGGUGCUGCAUUUCUGUGCCCUGGGCUCGGACGAGAUGCAGAAGUUUGUGGAGGACCUGAAGGAGUCCAUUGCCGAGGUGACGGAGCUGGAGCAGAUCCGGAUAGAGUGGGAGCUGGAGAAGCAGCAGGGAGCAAAGACCCUCUCCUUCAAGUCUGGAGGAGCCCAGGCGGACCCACAGCUGAAGCAGGGAUCGCCUACAGCCAAAAGGGAAGCCGCGCUGGGUGAGAGGCCUUCGGAGAGCACGGUGGAGGUGUCAAUUCACAACAGGCUUCAAACGUCCCAGCACAACUCCGGGCUGGGGGCCGAGAGGGGAGCUCCGGUGCCGCUGCCAGACCCGCAGCCUAGCCCCUUGGGAGAGCAGCCCCCGCCGCCGCCGCCGCUGCCGCCACUACCACCCACGCCCCCAGGGACCCUGGUGCAGUGUCAGCAAAUUGUCAAGGUCAUUGUCCUGGACAAGCCCUGCUUGGCCCGCAUGGAGCCCCUGCUAAGCCAGGCUCUCUCCUGCUACGCCUCUUCCUCCUCUGACUCCUGCGGUUCUACGCCCCUGGGCUGCCCAGGCUCCCCAGUCAAGGUCACCCACCAGCCUCCCCUGCCCCCGCCCCCACCCCCCUACAACCACCCUCACCAGUACUGCCCGCCAGGCUCCCUGCUGCACCGGCGCCGCUACUCCAGUGGCUCCAGGAGCCUGGUGUAG